CUCUCAAGGUCUCUUCCUGUAACUGUAUCAAAUCCUGUAAUAUUUAACAACUUUGGAAAGCAACGGUCUCAGAAGCCCACACAGCACCUCUCGGCCUUACCAAAUCUCCUUGGGGAGAUCCUGCUCCAACUCGGCUCCUCACCUUAAGACACAGCCAGAGCACUGAGAGAUAUCAGGUAUUGAUGUAACUGGAGUGAAUAAGGGAACCUUCUUCCUGAGCACAGACAUUGGAGCCUGUUAUCAGCAUGAACUCAUAUGUGUUAGACAAUCACUUGAAUAGUUCAUAUCCAUCCUUCACGACAGGAAGCAUCAGAAUGAUACCACAAACUUCAAAAGUCUUAGACACUAAUGACUAUUCACAAACAUUGGGGAACUCACAGCAGAUAUUUAAAGAAGAUGAUGAAUUGUCAGGAACUGGGCAGCAAUCAUUAUGUACAGAGAGUAAUUUAGUCAUCAAACAAGAGGACAACAUUUAUGCCUUAUCUAGUGAAAUGAUUAUCCCAGAGGAUAAACCACACACAUUUACUGGGUUUUCAAAACAUUUAAAAGAAGGGAAAAGUCUUAAGUCUAGUCAAAUGAUUCAUACAAAUAAGAAACCAUUCAAAUGUACAGAAUGUGAUAAAAGCUUCACAUGUAAUUUGCAUCUCCUUGAACAUCACACAGGUCACACAGUUGUGAAACCUCACACGUGUACAGAAGGUGGGAGAUGUUUCACAUCCAAGGGAAACCUCGCAUGUCAUAAAAAGACCCACACAGGGGAGAAAACUUUGACAUGUAAAGAGAGUGAAAGAUUUUACACAGAGCAAAAACCUUUCACAUGUACAAAAUGUGGAAAAAAAUUUACACAAAAGAGUAAUCUGAAAACUCAUGAAAGGAGUCACACAGGAGUAAAGCCUUUCACAUGUACAGAGUGUGGAAAAUGUUUUACACAAAUAAUUAAUCUGAAAACUCAUGAAAGGAUUCACACAGGAGAAAAGCCUUUCACAUGUACAAAGUGUGGAAAAAGUUUUACACAAAUAAAUAGUCUGAAAAGUCAUGAAAGGAUUCACACAGGAGAAAAGCCGUUCACAUGUACAGAGUGUGGAAAAAGUUUUACACAUAAAAGUCAUCUGAAAAGUCAUGAAAGGAGUCACACAGGAGAAAAGCCGUUCACAUGUACCGAGUGUGGAAAAUGUUUUACACGAAUGGAUAGUCUAAUAACUCAUGAAAGGAGUCACACAGGAGAAAAGCCUUUCACAUGUACGGAGUGUGGAAAAAGGUUUACACGAAUGUAUUGUCUGAAAAUUCAUGAAAAGAGUCACACAGGAGAAAAGCCUUUCCCAUGUGCAGAGUGUGGAAACUGUUUUACACAAAAGAGUGAUCUAAAAUCUCAUGAAAGGAGUCACACAGGAGAAAAGCCUUUCACAUGUACAGAGUGUAGAAAAUGUUUUACAAAUAUAAGUAAUCUGAAAACGCAUAAAAGGAUUCACACAGGGGAAAAGCCUUUUACAUGUACAGAGUGUGGAAAAUGUUUUACACAAAUAAAUAGUCUGAAAACUCAUGAAAGGAUUCACACAGGGGAAAAGCCUUUCGCAUGUGCAGAGUGUGGAAACUGUUUUACACAAAAGAGUGAUCUAAAAACUCAUGAAAGGAGUCACACAGGGGAAAAGCCUUAUAUAUGUAAAGAGUGUGGAAAAUGUUUUACACAAAUAAAUAGUCUGAAAACUCAUGAAAGGAUUCACACAGGAGAAAAGCCGUUUACAUGUUUAUAAAAGUGAAAAAAAAAGGAAUCUCGUGCCAGUCGGGUAUCACAAAACACCAAAUAUUUACUUACAAAAUAAACUUUAUGUGCACAGAGUGGAAACCUUUUAAAAGUUAUCAUAAAGAGGACAAACUCUCUAAAUAAGAGUAAAAGAAGGAUCCUAUUGUAAAUAAUACUUUCUAAAUCCCAGUUACAAAAUUGGAAGUGCUCUCCUGCUGUCCUUUGUGCCUCUAUAUAUGUGCACCUCAGUUUCUCUCAUAUCAAUGUGAUAGAAUACAAAACACCACACAGGAAUAUACAAAUCUGUACUCAUACUGACCAGUUAACACAACCAUUCAACACCAAAGCACCCCCAGUGUUGUUUAUUAAUAUGCCAGUGUUAGGAGUUGUACAUUUGUUUUACAUAGGGGAGGAAAUAAUUACAGUUACAGAAUAAAGAGUCUUUAUAUGAAUAGAGUGUUAGAGAAUUAUAUAAACAAGAGCAUCAGUCUCAAAUGAUUGACAUCUGGGAGAUAUAGUUAGUAUGAAAAUCGUAUGGAUAAACCUUUUUCUUAUAGCAAUAGAUGCUUAGCAUUGUACAUGUUAUAUACCAGAGGAAUUACUGAGGGGAAACUGAUUUUAUUUAAUGAGACUCAAUGGGCUAGAUUACAAGUUGAGUGCUAAUUUGCCCGUUUGUGGGUGCACAAUAAAUAACCAGCCAUGUCAAGUGCUGAUUAUUGCUAACGUGAGCUUGUGGUAGCAGUUAGUGCUUACAAAAUUAACCAGAGAUCAAAUCUCCGGUUCAUUUUAUAAAUGUCCACCAAAAGCCCCUAAAUGUAAGUGUAGUUUUCGUAAUUUUUUUUUAAAGGGCAUUAAAAAAAGGUCACUUAGCAGUUUUUGGGGGCUAAAGUUGUGUUAGAAAACACAGCACUGAAAAGUGUCUUUACAUUGCGGUCUAUGGAAACUGUGUGUUCCCUGUAAAUAUAAAUGUAUAUGCUUAUAUACAUAUAUAUGUAUGGUUUAUAUGUGUAUAUACACCUAUUAGCAAAUAAAGUAUAUGUGUAUAUAUAUAUAUAUAUAUUUAUAUUUGCUACCAUCACUGCGCGACUUACCCCCUGCGCUGGGCUAGUUCUCAAGCUGUGUCUCACACCAUAAGAAUGAAGUUCCCAUUGGAGCAUAUUGAAGCAUACUCUCAUAAGUGCAAUGUUUUUGUGCAAUGCGAAUGUCAGGUUGUGUUCGCAUUGCACCUCCCCUGUAAUACCAGCGCACAUUUGAGUGCACUGGUAUUACAAAUAGGAGCACAAAUAUUGUUUAAACUAAAGUGAUAUUUCUCGCUCCAUUUUUAAUCAGGCCCAAUAUCAGUAACAGGUACAUUUGUGAUCAUAAUCAGUUUAAUUUAAAUGGCUUCUAUAACCUACAUGUAUACUGGGUAUGUAAUAUGUGUGUCAUGUGAUCAUAAUCAGUUUAAUUUAAAUGGCUACUAUAACCUACAUGUAUACUGGGUAUGUAAUAUGUGUGUCAUGUUCUGUAACUUGAUAUUAUGUCUGUUAGAUGUUUUCAUGUUAAUUAGAAGCCACAAGAACUGAUAACAGCACAUACUGUAUAUAUAUAUAAAGAGAUCAUUAUAUAUCUGAUAAAUCCCUUUGUAUCCAGCACAAGUGUUGGGUAUAUUUAUACCAUUGUGUGCAUAAAUCAUGUAAUGCUCAUUUCUUUCAUGUAAUUGGCAAGAGUCCAUGAGCUAGUGACGUAUGGGAUAUACAAUCCUACC